AUGAAAUACAGCAACCACAAUAACAGCAACAAUGGUGAAAAUACAAAGGAAAACGAAGAAGCAAUAGCCAAAGCAACAAGGACAUGUUUGCCGGUGCUGCUGCUGCAACACAUUUUCCACUGGCAUCCAUUGCGGGCGCCAAACCGCCACCAUCAACAAAUUGAUGGAAUUGUUACCCCCAACAACAACAAAAACUAUAUUUGUAUUCUUUACAAUAUCAACAAAGCCAAAGAAGAAGAAGGUGCUUUGGUACCAUGUGAAUAUCGCAUACAGUCACCGGCCUCCGGUUCUCCAUUGCCCUUGUGCGCUGCUGCCAAUGCAAAUAGUGGCACCAAUGCCGCCGACAGCACUGCCGUUGCAGUCCUGCAGAACAAUACAAAUGCUGUGAAUUCGUUAACGGGCGGCAAUGCCAAUUCUGCUGGCGGCCCCAAUACGGUGUUGCGUGUCAUUGUCGAAUCUCAAUUGUACCCCGUUUCGUUGGAUAUUUUACAUCAGAUAUUCCAACGUUUUGGCAAGGUUUUGAAAAUUGUCACCUUUACGAAGAACAAUACAUUCCAGGCCCUCAUACAAUAUCCGGAUGCACAUUCGGCCCAGCAUGCCAAAACCAUCUUGGAUGGGCAAAAUAUCUACAAUGGCUGUUGUACGCUGCGCAUUGACAACAGUAAAAUGACAACGCUCAAUGUGAAAUAUAACAAUGAUAAGUCACGCGAUUUUACAAAUCCCUCAUUGCCACCUGGCGAACCUGGCGCCGAUAUUAUGCCCACCGCUGGCGGUUUAGUGAAUGCAAAUGAUUUGCUAUUGAUAGCGGCCCGUCAACGGCCCUCUCUAACAGGUGAUAAAAUAGUAAAUGGUCUCGGUGCACCCGGUGUGUUGCCACCAUUUGCUUUGGGCAUCGGUACACCAUUGGCCGGUGGCUAUAGCAGCGGUAUACCAAAUCUAGGCGCAUUUGCUCUUGCCAAUAGUGGCGCCCUGCAAACAGCUGCUCCUGCAUUGCGCGGUUUCUCCAAUGUCUUACUUGUUUCAAAUCUAAAUGAGGAG